AUGUCUCUCGAUGCCAGUGUGCUACCGUCGGAACUGCUGACCACGGCUGCCCCGCUGGUGGGACUAUCCGGACUGGAUGUGCAACGAAGCCCCAUCCACAAGACGGUGUGGGAUGCAUUCAACAACGCCAAAAAACCGGACAGUGAAUCCAUCCAGUACAAGCUGCUUCCGGCGAACUACGAGUUUCCCGUUUCGAAACCGAAACACCAGUCCUACGAAUGGUACUCGCCGAAGGGCAUCCUUAAGCGCAACUGGAUGCUGAAGCAUCUGCACGUACUGCCAGCGGUUGUCGUCCUAUUUCAGGAUCUCGAAUGGAAUGACCCCAAGUGGACGGAAAAGCAACUGCAAUGUGCUGCCACUAUACAGGUGCUGAAAAACUCCCUCCAAGGACGCAACACCCGGAUCGCCAUCGCACUGCUGCAGCGAGGCAACCAUCUGCUGCAGGGCGAGGACAUGCUGGCCUCGGAGCGGGCGGCCCAACUGACCAGCAACUGUGACAUCAACGCGAAAAUGCUCUUCGUGCUUCCACACAACGACCACCUGAUGGGACACAUCUUCCGGCUGCAGUCGGCCUUUCUCGAGCUGGCCCAGUCCUACUACACGCAGAUGAUGAAACAGAUCCGACUGCACCGGGAUCAGCUGACUGAUGCGCAUACGAUGCUUAAAAUCCGCCACCAGUUUAAGCUGGGCUUCAUCUCCGAGCUGAAGCUCGACCAGUCGAACGCCCUGCGUCACUAUCGGCAAACGUACACCUUCCUGGACGACCUGCGGAUCGUCGAUACGAACUGCCUCGAGAUAAAGACGAUCGCCGGCUUCGUCAACUACAAGAUGUGCAAGCUGUUCUUCCGCCUGAACGCACCGAAAGAUUCGAUCUCUCAGUUUAAGAACCACAUCAACAAAUACCGCACGCGAACCGGCUUCAAGGAGCUCCUGUUCGAGCACUACGCCUGGCUGAGCGUGCAGUACAGUGCCUUUGCGGAGCUUUUCUGUGACGCGGUCAAAAAUGGGCUCGCCCCCCUGCAGACGCAACACCCGGGAAUCUACUUCCACAAGGCGGCCGAAUACAUUGGGAUGCGCAAGGAAGCCUUCCUGCAGUGCACCGCCCUCGGGGCGCCGGCUUCGGCCGAGCUGGGCGCGAUCAGCAACUCCGCCCUGUACAGCGACUUUUUCGGCAUCCGAGGUAGCGUGAAGACGGGCGAACCGGUGUCCGAACAGCAGGUCAUCUGUCUGGUGCAGGAAAACGAAAAGUCCUACAACCACUCGGGGGAAAUUAUCGCACUCCUCGGGAAGGCGAUGGCUCAGUUCAAGGUGUACCGGUGCCUCCGGUUUCGCAAGAAACUGGCAAUCGACAUGGCCGAAGAGUAUCUGAAGAGCGGGGACCACUCGAAGGCCCUCACGCUCUACUCGCUCAUGCUUACCGACUACCGGGUCGACAAGUGGUACACCCUGUUCACCCAGGUGCUACUGAAAACGCUCCACUCGGCGUACCUAUCCGCAUCGGUGCCGGAUUUUGUAGCCUGCAGCGUCGAGGCGCUUUCACCCCGGAUCGCCAUGGAGAAGCAAGAGCGUAUUUUAAUUUUGGAAAACCUCUGGAAGGUGUUUCACAAUGUAUCACCCGUCUCAAGCAGUCAAAUUGCACCGGAACUGACCAACAACUGGCAAACGGCGCUCGCCUCUUUUAGCAACCCCGUCAUCAAGCUGGACCUGGACCGGCUGAAUGAUCUUCUCGAGUGUCGUCUUACCUUCGAAAAGCGUCAGAUUCGGAACGACGAAAAACUUCAACUCCAGCUGUACGUGCGCUCGCUAACCGAGGUGCCGCUAAAGUUGAAAAACUUCUCCAUCCUUCUAACGGACCUAAAGUCGAGCAGCGUGCGCAUUGCCGCCUCGCAGUACGGAGAAUACGCGUCCGAGACGUCGGCGGGCGAGCUGAAACCGAUCGAAGAGUUUAUUCUCGAACCGGAAAAGUGCUACCGAAUACUGUUCGUCGGUGAUCGGUACCUGUUUACGGAAAGUGUGGACGUGCAUAUCUUCCGGCUGGAGCUGCAGAUGGGCUCCGAGCGAACGUACGCAGUGCUGUCGGUGCGCGAAAAGUUGAAUCCAAGCAAACCGUUCAAAACGUACAAUCCUCAUCGGGACUGCAUGGAAAGCAUUGCCAUCAUCAGCUCCUGCUAUAUCAUUCCAACAUUCCAUCUAGGGUCGCAAACGAAACCAACCAAUCAACCGAUGCUGACGAACGAGUUCUACCAGGUGACGACCAAAAUAUCCAACCACUCGGAUCUCUGUCUGCAGAAUGUUGGCGUGAACAUAAGCGUCCCUCAGACGCUUCGAAACAAUGUUUUCGUGACGACCGAUUUGAAUGCGCCGUUGCAAAAAAUUCAUUCGCACGUCCAAAUCGACAUUGGCGAGCUACAGAUGCAAUCGUCCACCAUGGUCUCGUACUAUCUGACCAGCCUAGUGGCCGGUAAUGUCGAGCUGCGGCAGAAAAUGUACUAUCAAAUGGAAAACCUACACCAAAGCAAAACCGCACCGGGCGGUGGACCGGCUGUUGCCAACGGUGGUGGUGGUGCCGUUACCGUUGAUUCACCCUCGACGCCAAACAGCGAAAAGGAAGACUUAGCGAGGCUGCUCGCGAACGAAAAGAACCUGCAGAAGUACGUGAAUAACCACAACGUCAAGAUAGAGUACCUACCCGACGGGCAGGUGCGGAAGAUCAAGGAGGACACGGUGGUGGUACCGUGCGUAGAGGAGAUUAAACUGACCGGACGGUUCUACACGCUCAGCCGGGACGCACUCGGGCAGGCGUACCGCAACGAGGACUUUUUGCUGCGGGUCAACGUGGAGGUAAAGUCGCCCGAUCCGAUCGAUAUACUCGAAACGCAGUUCAUUAGUGAUCAUAAUAUUAUCGAAAAGCCGUACCAAGGGAUUGGCGCAGCACGUGGAACUGGUAUGCGUCCAGCAAGCCGCUUCGAAGAGUUGAAGCUACUGAGCGCCAUCAACUGCACCCGGGACUGGGUGUCGCAGGCUGACUAUCGUUCUGGCGACACGCGUCUCGUAUUCAACCGCUCGCGUACUCCGGACCACGGCACGACAACGCUACCACCGCCGUCGCAAUCAUCGCCGGUCGAUGAGCAGUACAACAAAAAUCUACUCUCGAAACUCCCGACCAACGCGACGAUAAUCGGUAGCACUAGCGCACAACUAACCAACCAGAUGAACGUAACUCACUCUACCCAUAAUCCUUCUCCAUCUCCACCUCUCCCUCUCCAACCCUCCGCACAUGCUGCCCUGGCUGACACGACGCUGGUCUCCUCCACGGACAACGACAACGACUCCGCAGGAAAGGGAAACAACGGCCCCAACAUCAUGACCACGUCGACGGGAAGCGUAGAAGAGUUUAAGGUAAAACCGCUACCCCUUGGUGACCACGGAUCGCUGGCUGGAACGUCUACGAAAGCAGGUGCUGGUGGGCUUGGUGGGGCUGACCCUGCCGAGCUCGGGAAGACGGUCACGAAGAGUGUGUACACUCGGGCGAUCGAUUGCGUGCAACUCACCAACAACGAACGGAACGGGUUCAUCAAUGCGGGAUACAAUCGGGUCGAUGCAGGUGCACCGCCGGGCCAAAUGGCGUGGCCAAUUUUUGGCCUCUACUGCGUUCGAUGGUGCCGGUCUAGCACUCCACAUGUGAUCAACGAGUCAAAGUAUAUCAUAAACGGUAUUGAGGUCAUCGAUCCACCGCUGAACCUUUACUGCUACCUGGACCAGCGUCUGUACGUCCGGCUUCCGAUGACCCUGCGUAUAACGCUGCGGAAUCCAACGCGCCGAAUUCUUCACCUGCAGGCAAUAUUGAACAGUUCGGAAAGUUUCAUGUUUGCCGGCCAUCGGCAGUUGAAUGUGACGAUAUUUUCAUACUCCUCGUACGACAUGCUGUUCAACCUGUGCCCACUGAAGGCAGGCUGGCAGAUGCUGCCGGAGCUACAGCUAGAGUAUCAAAACUUCCAGCCACCCGUCGUCCUACCUGCGUCGUCCUCGUCAACGCCGGCGGGUGCGACCACCACAACCUCCACAGCAAAAGUCUCGUCUAGUGAGGCACCGACGAUCAUCGUCGGUACCGGAGGCGAUGUGAUAGCGGACGGUAUUGAAGGUCAACGGAAGGCGGAGCUGGCCUCGCUCGUUCAGCGGUGGAUGCCGAAGAUGGUAUUUAUUCAUCCACCGACGAGGACACUGUGAUCAUCAAUCGGGAAGAAACAGAAGGCAAUCGACGCAGGCGUAGCGAAGAAAGAGAGCGAUUCGAUCACACCGUUGACACAAUAUUUACUUUCGGCGUGUUUCCAUUCUUCUCGCAAAGGAUGGACGUAGGGAGCGACACGUUCCGUUGUUUAGUGAAUUCAAUUUUAUUAAUUUCUCUUCAAGAUACAAAUAGUGAAAGUUCGAAAGUGCGGAAAAACAGUAAGGGAGCACACAAACUGCUCGACAAUAUCGGUGCAAGAAAGAUUAUUAGUAAAUGGUUAAUGGCCGAGGUAAGAAAGGAUAUGAAAAUGGUUGGAGUAUAGGCAAAAGAAAUUAGUUUCGGAAUGUAUGCCUUUGGCCGCCGAUUGAUUAAAAGAUAUCCGGGUAUAGCAAUAUUGCGUUCUGGGAGAAGCAAAAAAAUGCAGUUUCGUUCUUCUAUCAUGUUUGACUCGAACGAAUAAAGAAUAAUU